AUGUCCAACUUUGAUCAACCCCUCCCACCCUUCAACGCCUCGGACCCGUCGGCCACAUUUCUCAACUCAUCAUGUCUCGAUCUCCUGCUGAUAGAGAUUGUGCCCAUGGCGUACCGACUCGUCAAUGAGCUAGAAGCUGCCGACGCGGCAACGGCAGACCGAAGUGCGGGCGGCGGCGGCGGCGGCGGCGGCAGCAGCACGGCGAACAAUCAAAAUACCAGCAAUAGCCAGGACGGUACUGGCAGCGUCGCGACGGCAUCGGCAACGGGCACGGCAGCGACGGGGACGAGGAAACUCGAUGACGAGGAGGAGAGAGAUGCUGUAUUUUAUCGCCUCGAGACUCUGGGAUAUCGAGUUGGACUGGGCUUGGUGGAGCGAUUCUCACGCGAUCGCCCCCGCUUCAACGAUACCCUCGAUGUGAUCAAGUUUCUCUGCAAGGAUCUAUGGACUCUCGUCUUCAAGAAGCAAAUCGACAAUCUCAAGACCAACCACCGCGGUGUCUACGUCUUGACCGAUAACAUGUUCCGCCCUCUUUCGCGCAUGAGUACCGAUGCUGGUGGCCAGGCUGUCGUAAGAGCUCAGCCUUUUCUUUGGUUUCCAUGUGGCAUAGUAAGAGGAGCUCUGGCAGCAUUGGGCGUUAAUGCCACAGUGCAGGCCGAGUCGAGCGAAUUGCCCGGCGCCGUAUUUCAGAUCAAGACCAUAACCGCCAAAUCAUGA